AUGACGUCCGUGCAGCCCAAGCCCGAAUAUCCCGGCAAACUGCUUCAAGCGGCGUCGAUUGCCAAGCCUUUCCAAGAGAGCAUCCAGAGCGAGAUUAAAAUCCGCAAGGACAAGAACCUUCCUGUUCCCAAGCUCGUUGGUAUCCUUGCCAAGCCAAACCCUCCUUCUAUGGCCUAUGCAGAAUGGACGGCCAAUGCUUGCCAAGCUGUUGGUAUUAAUUUCGAAAUUUGGAAGACCUGGGAUGAUUCUGUUGAUGUGACUGAAUCACAACGGGACGAUUCUCAGAGUCUUCAGAACUUCGACUUGGAAGCCGAUGUAGAGGAUCUGAUUUUGGCCGCUAACCGCGAUAAGAGUGUGGACGGCAUCAUGGUGUAUUACCCUAUUUUUGGCGGUCGUCAAGAUACGUACCUUCAGCAGAUUGUUGAUCCUCGUAAGGAUGUCGAAGGUCUUCACUUCUUUUACUGCUGGAACAUGUACCACAAUGUUCGCUGGAUCAAACCAUCGCAGCUAGGUAGUGCCCCAGGCACAUCAAACGAAGCCGACCUCCGGGGUCUCGACUCUAAUGUACUAGACGAGGAUAAUGUCCCCCCUGGCUUUUGCAAGAGUAUUCUUCCUUGCACACCCUUGGCAGUUGUUAAGAGUCUGGAAGCUGUCGGCGUUUAUGACACCAAGUUGCCUUAUGGUGACCGCUUGUACGGAAAGACUAUCACCGUUGUCAACCGCUCAGAAGUUGUCGGUCGUCCUCUUGCUGCCCUGUUAGCCAAUGAUGGUGCCCGUGUCUUCUCUGUGGACAUCGACUCAAUUGUUGAGUUCAACAAACGCCGAGAUGGCGACUCGGUCAGCACCGUUGUUUCUGGCUACAAGAAAUCUAGGGAAGUUAUUGAGGCGCAUGAGCAGAAUAGUUCGGCCCGACUUCGUUCCUCCCAUGUCGUUCGUGCUAGCCCGUUCCAGGACUCGGAAAGCUGCAUCCGGUCAUCAGACGUUGUGAUCGGUGGUGUUCCUGCUGCCAGUUUCAAGAUUCCUACGGAUUGGAUCAAGCAAGACGCUAUUUGCAUUAACUUCAGCUCAGAGAAGAACUUUGAGCCAAACGUGCGUAGCCGUGCUUCCGCGUACCUUCCUGCCAUUGGCAAAGUGACUGUGUCUAUGCUUCAACGGAACCUUCUCCGUUUAGUGGAGUACAAAGAGAUGGCGCAGCAGUCGUCCUAA